GCGACUACUACAACUUCUACGACAACAGCGUACAAUCCAUUGGCUGUACAACGUCUUGAAGAUCUUCAAAAAUCGCCAACAGAAUUAAUACAAGAAUCAAAAAUGAAUGCAUCUGACUUUAUUUUUGAUUUUGGAAAUGCAACUACUGGAAUCUCAAAUGGCACAGGCGGGCACACUGUCCAAGCAACGGCAGCCAACUUUCCUGGUUUGAUCAAUCAUGGUAUAGCAAUGACUAUUGGAUAUCUUGGACCAUGCGGGAUCAAUCUUCCACACACUCAUCCGAGAGCAACAGAAAUAAAUUUUUCUGUUGAUGGGGAUUUCAUGGUUGGCUUUUUUCAAGAAAAUAGUGGAAUGUUUGUGAUGAACACAAUUCAUAAGGGAAUGGCGGCUGUAUUCCCUCAAGGAGCUAUUCAUUUUGAACAAAAUUUGAAUUGUGCACCAGCCACGUUUGUCGCAGCAUUCAACAGUCAAGACCCCGGUGUGUUGACAAUCGGAAAUGCAUUCUUUGGUGGGCUACCAGCCACGGUGGUGGGUCCGAGUCUCGGUGGGUUGAAUAUCUCUAGUGUAGAUGAUAUCAAAGCACAAUUGCCGCAUAAUCCCGCCGUGGGAAUUGAAGAGUGCAGACAGAGAUGUGGAUUAUAG